CGAAGAGGAUCAUGUUUGCGGAGAAGUUUUUCGGCAACCUCAGCAUGGAUAUGAUAACGAGUAAUGAUUCGGAGGAAUCGAUCGAGAAGCUGACGCCCGGUGGUGCGAAGUUCCAAGCGGUGAUAACGGACCUCGGAAAGGGGCUUCUACAAGCCGCUAAAGUAGGCUGUACAGAAAAGGUACACGAGCUCAUGAGUCGCGGGGCACCAUUUACGGCGGAUUGGCUUGGAACGACACCGCUCCAUUUGGCCGCACGAUACAAUCACGUCGAAACGUGCAAGAUGCUCCUGCGUGCCGGUAUAAGCAAGGACUCCAAAACCAAGGUCGACCGGACGCCGCUCCACUUGGCCGUUUUUCAUGGCCAUAUCGAAAUCGUAGAACUGCUGCUGAGCAACAACUGUGAAGUCGAUGCAAAGGAUAUGCUCAAAAUGACGGCGCUGCACUGGGCGGUAAAUCAGAAGCACAGUAAGAUCGUCGAGAUGCUCCUGCAAAACGGUGCCGAUCCGAAUGUGGUCUCAAAGUUCGACAAGACUCCCAUCCAGCUGGCGUUGGAGUCGGGCCAGGGCGAGCUGUGGCAAGUGAUGUUGCUAGCGAAUCAGAUGCGAGCGGCAAGCAGCGAACAGGUUGGAGUGCAAGACGCAACGGAUAGUUUAAUGUACGAGCUGCAGCAGCACAAAGAGCGACAUCGAGGGCCACCAGCCGACGGAGUGGACUCGAAAUCUGGCGGUGGCGUUGGUGGCGAUGAUGACGAUGUGGAGGACAACAUUACGAUGGAUCUGAGCAGCGACAGUAGCAGCCGCCUGACGGAGCAACAAAACGGUGCCGAUGAUUCACGGGACGAUGCGGACCAUUUGAUUGAACGGGAGGACAGUAUGAGCGAUGCAAUGACGAACCUGGAGCAGAGCACCGAUACGGAUCCGAAAAAUCUCGAUUCCGGUACCCUGCAGAUGCUGAAGGAACAUGGUAUCGCACUGAUACCAUCCGACGAUACCGGCAGCCUUAUCACAUCCGCCAUCCAGAGUGGUCGUAAGAUCGUGCUCUCGGAAGCGGGCAAGUUUGCGCUCAACGAAACGCGAAACCUUCAGCAGCAACCCCAGACGAAAUCGAUUACGUCUACGCCGCCACAGCCACAGUCGCAGCCACGAACCCAUCCAACGAAGGUGCACCAUCAUUCCCCGGCAGUGCACACGGUGACUUUAACGGGAAACAAACCGAAGACUCUCAAAAUUAUCAAAAAAACCACUUCGACCACCGGUUCGUACCCAACGACACAGAAUCAACAGGUGCAUCACGUCCAGCAACAGCGCCAGCAGACGGCGCAACCGGUGCACGUCAUGAAUGCCGGUCCGACGGCAACUAUCCGGACGAACCAGGUGCUCAAGGUACUGUCUCCGGAGGAGUUUAAGCAAAUUUGUAGUGGCGAUGUUGGCAUCAUGAAGCGAGCACCGUCGGCAGAGUACAAAAAAGCGCUUCCAUCGACCUCGGUGAGGAUCCCCGUCGGUGGCCGACCGCAGAUACUGAGCACAAGCACCACGUCGAAACAGGUGGGCAAAUACGUCAUGACGAAGAGUGGUCAACGGAUUCCGUUGACGACGACCGCCGGAAUGAACGUGAUAUCCGCUCGUGCCUCGGAAGAUUUAGUGAAAGCCAAGCUUGCCACGAGUAGCGGUGUCAACGGACUGUCCUCGACGGUCGGUGGUGCCCAACCCAGCCGGCACAUCAUUACCUCGGCCGACGGCGUCAAACGGCUGCGGACCGCAACCGGUAUGGAGAUCAUUUCCACUCUACCCACCAAACUGCCCCAGGAUACGACCGUAUCGGUGGAAACCGGUACCACCCGCACGGUCAGUAGGCCACAUCAGCGAAUAGCGAUAAACAAUCACGUUCCUGUUGCCGCCGGCACCACCGUCACGAGUAACAACGCCACCGGCCUAAUAGUGGAGGUACUCGAGCGGCAGAUGGUGGAACUGAAGAAACUCAUCGAGGAUCUGCGGAAGCAGUUCGAGCUUUCGCAGAAACAGAACGAGGAGUACCGGGCCCGUGUCGAGAAGCUCGAGAAGGAGCUGCGGACACUGAAGCAGCAAAGCAGCAACGGGAACAGUUUCAUCGAGAUCAUCCGGUCCGACUGA